GGUAAUAGUCAAACUUCGACUUUAUAAAGUAACAUGCCGCAUAAGCACAAAGCGACUCCUAAACGGGUCUUUAUCAACAACAUCGACUCGUAUUCCUCCAGGAACGUCGCCAAGUUCCUAUGUAAGGCCGUUCUAAACGCCAUGGAUGAAGAGGAGGAAGAGGAAGAGGAGGAAGGGGAGGAGGGUCACCUGAAUCAAGCCUUUCAGGUGGUUGGAACUGUCUCUAAUCUGUCUGAUGAGCUCCCGCCUCACAUCUUGGAGGAAUAUUGUCAUCCUGGAAAGGAAGAACUGCUGUCAAAGCUGAUGGAGUGUCAAGUUAUCAUCUACAACAUUAGCCAGGAUGCCGAUCAGGUGGAGGAAGCUUCCUGGGCUGUUAAAGCCCUCCAUGAUCACAGAGAGGAUUUUACCAGUCCAAAGAUCUUUAUCCUCAUCUCCACUGUGAUGACGUGGGCCAACAGUAUACCACUGGAUCCAGAAGACCCGGAGCUUCCCUUCACUGAUGAGAUUUUCUACUGCAGAAAAGCUCAUCCCAGCUUCAAAAAGCACAUCGACCUGGAGAAAGUAGUGGUGAAAGUCGGCAAAUCUAACAGAGAGAUCUUCUCCACCUAUGUGGUGGCAUCCGGCCUGCAGUACGGAAUGGGGGAAGGGAUCUUCCACUUCUUCUUCAAGGAGUCGUGGCUGGGAGAGGCAUCUGCAAUAUCCAUAUAUGGAGAUGGAAAGAACAUCAUUCCCACCAUCCACGUCACCGAUCUGGCCAGCGUGGUCCAGAAUGUGAUCCAACACCAGCCCAGACCCUACUACCUGCUGGCUGUGGACUUGUCAAACAACAGCAUGGAGGAGUUGGUGAAGAUUAUUGCCACUGUAGUGGGACCUGGUAACACCGUGAACAGGCCCUUUGAGGACAUCUACCUCAACCCAGAGUUAACUGUGACGGAGAUCGAGUCCCUCCAGGUCAACCUUCGGAUGGAGGCGGUAAACGUUGAAAACCUGUUCUCCAUACACUGGCACUGUGAGAGUGGUCUGGUGGACAAUGUGGACCUGGUGGUGGAGGAGUAUCGACUGUCUCGAGGGCUUCUGCCUCUCCGGGUGUGCAUCCUGGGUCCUCCCGCAGUGGGGAAGACUACCUUGUCUUCACAGAUCUGUAAACACUACAAACUCCAUCACAUUUCUUUAAGGGACACCAUCUAUAAGGCCAUGGCAGAACUGGAAGGCAUUGUGAAGAACCCAGAUCCGGAUGCUGAGGAAGUCGCAGCAGAGGCUCAAGAGCUGCUAAACACCUUGAAUGAGUCCAUGGAUAGUGAAGAUAUUUCAGAGGAGCAGCUCAAGGUCUUGAGGGACAAAAUGACGUCCAACCAAUGCAGAAACCAGGGUUACGUCCUUGAUGCUUUUCCCAACUCGUACAAGCAAGCCGAGGACCUGUUUGAAGACGAGCAGGAAGAGUUCUCCGAAAAGUUCACACCAGAGUUUGUGUUGGUUCUGGACGCCACCGAAUCCUUCCUGACAGACCGAGUGAUCAACCUCCCCGAGGAAACGGUACAAGACCUCGGCUACGAGCCGGAGAAGUUCCUAAGCCGGCUGGCCAUCUACAGAGAAAACAUGCAGGAGGAAAAGUCGGUUCUCAACUAUUUUGAGGAGCUGGAUAUCAUCCCUGUGCUCUUGGAGGCCACAAAUGGCGAAGAACCCGCCACCUCGCUCCUGAUGCGUAAGAUCUUCACCACAAUGGGCCCCCCUAGAACAUACAGUCCCAGCCCUCAGGAAGUGGAGGAGGAGGAAAGGAGAAUAGCAGAAGAGAAGAUGAAGAAAGAGGCAGAGGAGAGGGCUGUGGAGGCGCGAAAAGAGGAGGAAGAGGCCAGGAGCAGGGCUGCACGCUGGGAGGAGUGGACUCAGAGUUCAGAGGAGGUGAGGAUGCUGGAGGAGCUGCACAUGGCCAACCUGACUGACCAGAUGAGAAGCUAUCUGAUGAAGAGCGUCAUGCCAACGCUGGGAAAGGGUCUGAUCGAGUGCUGCAGAACGCAGCCGGCGGAGCCCCUGGACUUCCUGGCGGAGUUCCUGUUCCGGAACAACCCGCAUGACCACCCCCCGAGUGGCGAGGACUCAUCCGAGAACCCUGAUUUUCCUGCGCUGUUUGAUUAAACUGAGCAUUUAUUUGUUGAGGGAAACCUGGUUGAGUCGCUGUGUUUUUCUCCCACUGGAUGUGAGCAGUGUUUGGACUCUUGAGUACCGGCCGUGACUGCAAAACAACCAUUUCAACGUGUGCAUGAAUCCAGGAGCUCAUUAGAAAGUUAAUUUGUUUAAUGAACUCAGGAGCAACGACGCUCCAGUCAUCGCCGCUCGGAUUUGGCUGCAGAUAUCUGGGACGGAGAAACGGUGCAAAAGGCAGCUAAUUUGCAGGUCUCUGGAGUUCCCACUCACAGCUCCAAAGUGUUCAUAAUUAGCCGUAUCAGAAGCCCAAAUAAUUUCAUUGAACAUAAUCGCUACGCUGGGAAAUUAGAGAGAAACACUGUGACAAACAACACAACAUGAAGAGAAAAGAGCAAUUCACUUUCUGUAAUAAAUAUGUUGGCACAAUGUU